AUGACAGAGACUAUUGGCGAUUAUUUUGUUCUCCGCUCGGAGGGGCACAUCCACUCCAGUGAUGUACGACAUGUGUCGUCAUCCAGCGGGGUGCUUCUCACCGCGUCGCGCGAUCACACUGCGAUGGUUCUCCCAGACCAUCCCUGCUCAGACACCAUCCCGCCCGGUCUUGUUUUGGCAGGUCACACGGCAUUCGUGAACUUCGUCAUCUUUCACCCCUCCAUGACGCUUCUUGACGGCGAGGCCUGCAUUGUCACAGGCAGCAACGAUAAGCACGUGGCGUUGUGGAACCCUGUAACUGCGGCGCUUGAGGCAGUACUGGACGGUCAUGCGCAUGGAGUCUGCUGCGGUGUUGUGAUGUCACCCGACUGUGGUGAUAUCGUGACAGGCGAUUGGGGGGGCGUGUGUGUUGUGUUUGACUGCGCAACUGGUGGCAUAAAGCAAAGCUACACCGAGCAUAAGACGGCUGUUCGAGCCGUCGCUCAGCUGCCGGGAACGAGCACCAUUUUGACUGCCUCGGGCGACAAGACAAUCCACCACUGGGAUAUGGUGACGGGGGCCACGCUAGCCGUGUUUGUUGGUCACAGCGACGUUGUGCAGUGCAUCUGUGCGAUGAGUGCAACCCGCUUCGCCACGGGGGGAAACGACGCAACGAUUAUCAUCUGGGACACGACGAUGCGUUCUACCCCACUCUGCCUCUUGACAGCGCACUACAGUCUGGUCUACGCCCUUUCCUACUGUCCGGCACGACGGCUGUUGUUCUCGGCCUCGGAGGAUCGGUCCUUGAAGGUGUGGCGGGGUGGUGUGGUGGACGUGGCCUCGUCCGACCUGCAGGCGGAGCCCGUCGUCGUGCAGAGCAUCAGUCACCCCUGCGUGAUUUGGUCUGUUUGUGUGACAAGUGCGGAUGACGUUGUGACCGGUGGCUCUGACGGUGUCGUGCGAAUGUGGACAGCGGACGAUGAAAAAAUGGCGUCUGUGGAGAGGCUGCAAGCACUUGAGGCGGCAGUAGCCGCGCAAACGAUUGACGUGAAGGUUGCCAUCAGCGCCGGUCUCGAUACGACGAUGACGUCGUCAGUGGAUCAGCUGCACCUUUGGAAAGGCACGCAGGAGGGCGAACGCCGCUUUGUCCGCACAGAGGGUGGUACAAUUGAGCUCUAUGUCUGGAACCGUGGCUGCUGGGAAAAAAUUGGAACUGUGGUGGAGGGGCCUCAGCAAAUGCAUUUUACGGGUACGCCGCAGCCGCGAAAGAAGGAGUACCUAAACGGUGUGCCGCAUGACUACAUCUUUUGCGUGGAUGUGAAUAGUAAUUUACUCAAGCUUACCUACGACAGGGGGCAGAGUAUCCCUGAGGCUGCGCAGAAGUUCAUUGACGAAAACAGCACCGUGGUCUCUCAAGCGCAUAAGGAAGAAAUAGAAAGCUUUAUUCUGCGCAACAUUGAUCCGAGUGAUAUUCAGCAGGGAACAGGAACCACCAACACGGCUCCUGCGGCAGGCAGCACUGUUGCUUCUGCUUUUGGUGGAGGCGAUAGUGAGCCGGUCUUCUCGCAGUACGCCCGUGAGGCUGCCGCAUUGCAGCAGGCUGGUGCCACUUACACUCCAAGUUGGGGCGAGGCGCUGCGCAACCUCCAAACGGCGGGGGACUUUACAAGCGACGUUGCCUUUUCAGGUUACGCACGGGAGGGGAUGUUACUUCAGCAGGAAACCACACGGUGGGCGAGAGCACCUCCGGCCACAGCGAGGGGGGACACAAACUGCAGUAUUGUUAGAUGGAACACCUACAAACGUUUCACGUCAUUUAAUAUCACUGGGGCAAAGAAUAAGAUCGAUGAGUUGACGGGUAACGCGCAGCUUAGUGCUUUGGUGGAUCGGGUGGUAGCAGCGGCGGGGGAAGAACCAAAGCAAGCCCUGCUGGAUGAGGUGACGACGCUGUACCACAGAUUGCCCGAGUCCGCGCGCUUUCCCGCGUUGGACCUCCUUAGCCACGUCCUUGCGGUUGCCGCCCACCCGUUUGGUUGGGUGCAGCUGCUCCUAUCUGCUGACGGCAGCGGCGGGAAUGCACCCGGCACACAGGACUUCUUUCGGGGGUGCGUUCAAAAUUUGAGUCACGUCACUGAUGCGGAGGCUCUUGUGACGACACGCCUCUUCGCUCACGUGAUCGCGGCGCUCGAUAAACCGCCAGCGGGGGUGCAGCUGAACGCGGAGGAGGUGGCACUGCUCCUCGCAAUGCUUGAGAAGCCGCCACACCUGCUGCUUAAAAUAAAGCACAAUAAUUUGAAGCCUGCCUUAAGUGCACUUCUGCAAAACGCAGCGGUGUUACUGGCGGGGGACCCGGCGGUGCUUGGCCCCGAAGGGGCGCGGGAGGCCACGCAGGGAGUCGUGCGCCUGCUAGCACACUGGAUUAUUCUCGAGCCCAUCUUCUCUCAACAUAUGCGAGACAUUCUAGCAACGGCUAUGACGCUAAUGUUGCCCGACAGAACAGGAAGCAGCGGUGGCGGCAGCAGUCAAACCUCCGCCAUUGCGGUGAAGGCGGGACGCACGCUACUUCUCAAUGCGUUGCAAGCAUUAAAAGUAGGACCGGAGCCGCAUUGCAGGGAGGCGGCCACAACGCUUCUGAAUCUGUUGGAUGCCACAGAAUAG